AUGGCAUCCCAUAAUUUUCUUUUCUUUGGAAUCUUGAUUGCAAUUUGCUCAGUUGUUUUGGCAUCUGACCCCAGCCCUCUUCAAGAUUUUUGUGUUGCUGACCCCAAUGGCCCAGUGUUUGUAAAUGGUCAUACAUGCAAGGAUCCAAAGCUCGUAGAGGCCAAUGAUUUCUUCUUAAGUGGGCUUCACUUACCAGGCAACACAUCAAAUGCAGUAGGAUCAAGAGUGACCCCUGCAACUGUGGCUCAAAUUCCAGGACUCAACACUCUCGGAAUUUCCUUAGUUCGGGUAGACUAUGCACCGUGGGGCAUCAACCCUCCACACACACACCCUCGAGCAACUGAAAUUUUGACAGUAAUUGAAGGCACUCUUGAAGUGGGAUUUGUCACUUCCAACCCCGAAAAUAGACUCAUCAUGAAAAAGCUCGAAAAGGGUGACGUUUUUGUUUUCCCCGUGGGCCUUGUCCAUUUCCAACGUAACGUCGGAUAUACAAAUGCUGUUGCCAUUGCAGCUCUUAGCAGCCAAAACCCUGGUGUUAUUACGAUUGCAAAUGCUGUUUUUGGAUCAAAACCCGCAAUAGCGAAUGAUCUUCUUGCAAAGUCAUUUCAAGUGGAUAUUAAGACUAUUGAUUGGAUUCAGUCUAAGUUUUAAGCAGCAUGCCUGAAUUCUUGCUUGUGAACAAAUUAUGACGUAGACCAAGAUUUG